UUUAUUAUCUCCAGUAAAGCUCACAUGAACAGUGAACUCUGUAAUAUGACCCGUCCCCGUCAGAUAAGACACUGGCUGAUUGCCAUGUGGCUUCUUGCUCGGUCACACUUAUAAGGCUGCACACCUCCUGCUGAUGAUCUCUGACAGCACAGUGGAGUCAGUCUAUCACAGGGGUCCGGUACAUCUCGCGGUGAGAGUAAUUCAAUUUACAAUUCAGCAGAUUAUCGCAAAACAACAGCUACAGGGCCAGUUUCUCCUCGAUCAUGAAGCUCCAAAUCCCUAAUCCGGGCCUGGAGGACAGGUUACUGUCCUACGAGGAGCUGGACAAGCUGGAGGAGGACGAGGCUGGAGACCGACCAAAAUGGGACAACAAGACGCAGUACAUGCUGACGUGUGUGGGGUUUUGUGUGGGGCUCGGAAAUGUCUGGCGCUUCCCCUAUCUGUGCCAGAGUCAUGGAGGAGGUGCAUUUAUGAUACCAUUUCUGAUCCUACUGGUCCUUGAAGGAAUCCCACUUCUGCAUCUGGAGUUCGCCAUCGGUCAGCGUAUAAGAAAGGGGAACUUGAAGUUAUGGGCUACAAUUCAUCCUUAUUUAGUUGGUAUUGGAGUUGCAUCCAUGUGUGUGUCUCUUACAAUUAGUCUCUACUACAACACCAUCCUUGCCUGGAUUAUGUGGUACUUCUUCAACUCAUUCCAGGAGCCUCUGCCAUGGAGUCAAUGUCCUCUGAAUGCCAAUUCAACAGGAUAUAUCCCAGAGUGUGAGAAGAGCUCCCCCGUGGAUUAUUUCUGGUACAGGGAGACCUUGAACACAACUCCUGAGAUUGAGAGCGACGGUGGGCUGCAGUGGUGGAUAUUGUUGUGCCAUAUUUGUGCAUGGUCUAUGCUCUACGUCUGCAUCAUUCGUGGGAUUGAGACCACAGGGAAGGCUGUGUAUGUGACAUCAACUCUUCCUUAUGUGGUGCUGACGAUCUUUCUAAUCAGAGGACUGACUCUGAAAGGAUCUUUGAAUGGACUAAAGUUUCUCUUCACGCCGGAUGUUGCAGAGCUGGCAAAGCCAUCAACAUGGCUUGAUGCAGGUGCUCAGGUUUUCUAUUCCUUCUCUCUGGCUUUCGGUGGUCUCAUUUCCUUCUCCAGCUACAACUCAGUGCACAACAACUGUGAACAGGACGCAGUUAUCAUCUCCGUCAUCAAUGGUUUCACCUCUGUCUUUUCUGCAACUGUCAUUUACACCAUUAUCGGCUUCAGAGCGACAGAGAGAUUCGACAGCUGUCUUUCUGGAAACAUCCUUGAAUUGCUAAAUACAUUUAAUCUGGCUGAGGGCACCAUCACUGAAAGCAACUACAUUGACGCCCUUCAAUAUUACAAUGAAACAAAACCUGGUGUUGUUCAAGGGUUGGAUCUGAAAACCUGCAACUUGGACACUUUUCUCAGUGAGGGAGUUGAAGGAACUGGUUUAGCCUUCAUUGUGUUCACUGAGGCUAUCACCAAGAUGCCGCUCUCACCUCUGUGGGCCGUCCUCUUCUUCGUCAUGCUCUUCUGCCUGGGCCUCUCUUCUAUGUUUGGUAACAUUGAAGGAGUACUAGUGCCACUGCAAGACCUGGGCGUUUUCCCAAAGUCAUGGCCAAAGGAGGCCCGCACUGGUUUAACAUGUGUAGUCUGCUGUCUGGUGGGUCUGAUAUUUGUCCAAGGCUCAGGAAACUACUGGCUUGCUCUCUUUGACACUUACGGAGGAUCCAUCCCCCUGCUAGUUGUUGCCUUCUGCGAAAUGUUCUCCGUGGUAUACAUUUAUGGGAUAGAUAGGUUCAAUGAAGACAUUGAGUUCAUGAUUGGACACAAACCCAAUAUCUUCUGGCAGGUAACUUGGAGAGUCAUCAGCCCGCUCAUCAUGUUUGUCAUCUUGGUCUUUUACUUUGUCACUAAAGUUUCUGAAAAGAUCUUUUACAAAGUUUGGGAUCCAGAAUCGGAGAAAUUUCCAGUUCUGGAGGACCAACCAUAUCCAGUCUGGAUCAAUGUGAUCAUUUUUAUAUUGGCAGGAAUACCCAGUCUUGCUGUACCUAGUGUUGCCCUCUGGAAAUGUAUCAGGAGAAAGACAAAGAAAAGUGAAAAGUCAGACAUCGAUAUGUCAGACGAAAUUUAAGUCACCAGUGAGUCAAACAAUAUCCCUGGCAGAUAUGCUUAAACAAAAGUGAAGUGAAGUAUAUCAUGGUUUAUCUAUGACAUUCAAAUGGCUUUUAUAAUGGUUGGUAUUAUGUUAUUUAGAACAUGUGUAACUUGGGAUUCUAAUUACACUAGACAUGACAAAUCGAAUGAACAUAAGAUUACUUGUGAUGUGGCAGCUACAGUAAAGGAAGCUCUGCCCUCAAAGGAAUCUGACGUGGAGCCAUAUAAUAAAAAGAAUCAACUUGUAACUGCAUUCCUAAUCCUCUAAUUUGUUUGUUUAUAACUGUGUACUAUAUAAUACGCCUCCGUUUUCUGAUUUCCAGUAUAGAAUAAUAGAUUUGACUGAUUAAUAUGAUUCAUGAGUUGAUGUAAAGCAUUAAACUUUUUUGUUACUACUUCUGAUUAGGAAUUCCAUCAUGUUUUAAACUGUAGUGCAAGUGGUGUUGAUUACUAUUGUUGACAAAUGCAAAUAUCAGUCAUCUAAAAUGUGUCACUAUCAAACGUAUACAUGUACUGUAUAGGUCACUAUAUAAUCACUAUAUAUAUGUAAUAUAUUUGUUAUGCUGCAGUAUCUCAAGGAAAAUAAAUUUGUUUACACAACAUGA